AUGGACUACGAGAUGGAACGCGGCCAAAAACGAAAGGACAGGACCUCUGAGGAAUCAGAAGGAUCGGAUGAAUCUGUAGGAACGGUUAUACGAGACACAAAAACGGAGUUCUUAGGGGAUUCAUCGGUCAGUAUAGGGUCACAAAUGCUGGAAUGGAUAGGGGAACUGGACGAGCUGAGACUACGGGAGAAAGGCCUACAAGGGAAAAUUAGUGGUGACAUGAAGGAGCUACUUACCAGGCUAAAAACAGCAGCUAGCGGACUUACCCAAAAAUGUGUAGAGACCCAGGAGCGGCUAUCCAACGACGACAGAGAGAAGGAGAUAGUGACACUGCGAGCGGAGACAGGGAACCUGAAAAAAACAAAUAUUGAAUUAGUAACAACGAUUGGUAGGUUACACGAGACAAACAAACGAUUAAUAGACGAGAACAAACACCUCGGGGAAGAAGUGAGGAAAGGAUGGAGUGGCAGGAUAGAAAGAGGAGAGGAUGUUGGUAGGGAUGACUCGAUUCCUGAGAAAGGAAUGGAUGAACGGGUGAAACCCCCGUUAACGAGAGGCGAGAAAGGGACAGGAAAAAGGACAGAUAUAAGGAUUCGAGAGAUGGAUAAGUCCAAGAGGGCAGUCAGAAUCAUAGAUCCUCAACAGGAAAAGGAUAGAGCACUGACGGAACAAAUUGAGGAGUUGAUUUCCCAAAGAAAGGAGUUACGGAGGAUGAGGAAACAAGGAGACGAAUCGACGACGGAGGAAACCCCCUUACCACAGCGGACAAGGAGUACAAGGACGCGAACAUGGGCACAAUCGAUCCCACGAACCGAGGAUGAAUCAACGGAUGGAGGUUUAGAGGACCACUUUCCACCGCUGAGAAACUCUAAUGAGUGGACAGUGGUGGAAAAUAGAAGGAAUAAGGGAAGAAGAAUGAGAGAGGCUAACGUAAGAGGAAAGCAGGAUAGCUGGACCCCGAAUAAGGAAGAGAAGAGAAGGAUAACGCGGAGAAGACCACCGAAAACAGAGGCAGUCUGGUUAUCGGGUGUGAAGGCAGGAAUUACAGGAGCAGACAUCCUGAAAAUGGCUAAAAAAGGAGUGUCGUUGGAGGAGCUAGGGAUUGAAGAGAUGAAAACUAGGAGAACAGCAACUGGAGCUACGCUAAUUGAAAUCGCUGGGGAAAAUAACAAGGCGAAAGCAGAUGAAUUGGCGGCGAAGCUGAAAGGAGUGUUUGCGGAAUCACAGGUGCAUAUAAGGAGGCCAACAAAGAAGGCGGAAAUUAGAAUUAUAGGCUUAGACGAGGAUACCACGGAGGAAGAUGUGCGACAGGCAAUUGAAAAGUUUGGAAAAGGAGAGCACAGUGAUAUUAAAACGGGUAGGAUAGCCAGGACAAGGAUGGGUACAGGGAUCAUCUGGGUACUCUGUCCUUUGGAGGUUGCUACGGAAGUAGUGAGGAUUGGCAGGAUAAGGAUCGGAUGGACUAGCGCGAGGGUUGAGAUGAUAGAAGCGCGACCGAUACGAUGUUUUAAGUGUUUGGAAGCGGGACAUGUAAGGGAAAGAUGUACGAGUGAAAUAGAUAGAAUGGGAGCAUGUUUUAAAUGUGGUGAAAACAACCACAAGGCAGCCGAAUGUACAAACAAACCACACUGUCCAGCGUGUAAGCGAAACGGGAAAGACGUUAAUCAUAGGAUAGGAAGUCUAAUAUGCACGCAAAAUACGAAGAAAAAUGCUACAACGGAAAGGAACUACGCGGAGGGUAGAAAUUAUCGAACCGAAUAA